AUGAUCAAUAGUAGCCAGGAUAUCAACAGUAGCCAGGAUAGCAACAGCAGCAGUGGGACUAACAGUAGCCAGGAUAGCAACAGCAACAUGACCAACAGUAGCCAGGAUAGCAACAACAUGACCAACAGUAGCCAGGAUAGCAACAGCAACAUGACCAACAGUAGCCAGAAUAGCAGCAACAUGACCAACAGCAGCCAGGAUAGCAACAACAUGACCAACAGUAGCCAGGAUAGCAACAGCAACAUGACCAACAGUAGCCAGGAUAACAACAACAUGACCAACAGUAGCCAGGAUAGCAACAGCAACAUGACCAACAGUAGCCAGGAUAGCAACAGCAACAUGACCAACAGUAGCCAGGAAAGCAACAGCAGCAUGACCAACAGUAGCCAGGAUAGCAACAACAUGACCAACAGUAGCCAGGAUAGCAACAUGACCAACAGUAGCCAGGAUAGCAACAUGACCAACAGUAGCCAGGAUAGCAACAACGAGAGUGGAAGUAAUAUCAUGUGUAAGAGGAGUGGAGGCAGGAGCAGGAACACCACGAGGGGUCCGCUGGCUAACGAUGUGCGGCAGCGGACGUGGGGCAGAGGGUUACCCAGGCUGGUUGGCCGCGGGCUUGAUAUUGAUACAGGGAGUCCUGGUUACCGCCCGCCCCAACCCCGCCAUUCAAUAUACAGCCAGAUUGGGUGUACACUCUCAAUUAAUUACUUCGCCAGCACUAAUUAA